UCUCGCUCGACGACCCCCAUCCCUUCAAGACCCACCACUCCGAGGCCGCCCGGUGAAGCACCAGCCAACUUCAGAUCAGGAAUGCUCACGGUCGUUAUCUUCUCCGGGCGAGGCUUGUCACUCCCACCUGGUGCGAUUGUGCCAGAUGUCAUUCAGCAAGCCAUCCGCACUGUUCCAGAGCGCCUUCCUCACCCACGCAGCAACCGCGACAGCAUGCAGCGCAAGCGACAAUGGUGGCUUCCCUACGUCGUCCUCGAAUUCGACAAGAACGAGAUCCUCAUCGACGCACUAGACGGCGAUCUCUCCUCCCCGGUCUGGAAUCACCGGGCACACUUCGACGUGUCGCGUACAUCGAAUAUCAUUGUUUCUGCCUACCUUCGUACAGCGCAAUGCGUACAGGGGCAUGAUGAUAUGGGUAAUGAUUUGUUGAUGGGCCGGGUCGAGAUAACACCUGUGCUUGACGUACACCACGUUUCGGACCAAUGGUAUGUCGGCACGGGCGGUGCUGGAGAAUUCCAUUUGCAGAUCGGCUUCAAACCGUCUGCACAGUCGCUUACAAUCGAGGCGUUCGACCUCCUCAAGGUCAUCGGGAAGGGAAGUUUCGGCAAGGUUAUGCAGGUCCGCAAAAAGGACACUCAACGAGUGUAUGCGCUCAAGACUAUCCGCAAAGCGCACAUCGCAUCUCGCCCUGGCGAGAUCACACAUAUCCUUGCGGAGCGCACAGUCCUAGCACUCGUCAAUAACCCAUUCAUCGUCCCGUUAAAAUUCUCCUUUCAAAAUCCUGAUAAACUUUACCUCGUCAUGUCCUUCGUCAACGGUGGUGAACUUUUCUACCAUCUACAACGAGAAGGCAAGUUUGAUGAAAAUCGAAGUCGAUUUUACGCCGCGGAACUACUUUGUGCCUUGGAACACUUGCACGGUUUCAACGUUGUAUACCGCGACUUGAAGCCAGAGAACAUCCUUCUCGAUUACACGGGGCACAUUGCACUCUGCGACUUCGGAUUGUGCAAACUCAACAUGUCUGAGACUGAGAAGACGAACACGUUCUGUGGGACACCUGAGUACAUCGCACCUGAGCUCCUGGAGAGCCAGGGAUACACGAAGACUGUUGAUUGGUGGACGCUUGGGGUGCUUCUGUUCGAGAUGAUGACUGGCCUACCACCCUUCUACGACGAGAACGUCAACGUCAUGUACCAGCGCAUCCUACGGGAUCCAUUGUUGUUCCCUCCGGACAUGUCACACGACGCGAAAAGCGUCAUGACAGGAUUGCUUCAUCGUGAUCCGUCGAAGCGACUGGGACACAAUGGCGCUGAUGAGAUCAAGAGACACCCGUUCUUCUCGAGACAUAUUGAUUGGAAUCGGCUGUUGGCGAAGAAGAUCCAGCCGCCUUUUAAGCCGAGUGUGGAGUCCGUGUUGGACGUGGCGAAUUUCGAUUCGGAAUUUACGUCAGAGACGGCAACAGACUCUGUUGUCCUUGACUCACAACUAUCUGAGACUGUGCAAGACCAGUUCCGUGGAUUCACGUACAAUCCGGAGCCGGAGCAUCUCAGUGCGAGCGUUCAAGGAGCAUAAGCCUUCAUGAGAUUACUUCCAUUAUCUCUCCGCUUUUUACGGCUAUCAGUCUGUGUUGGUGGGUUUCGUGAAUUGAGCGGGGUGCUUCGUACAUACAUACGAUUGUUGAUGCACGGACUCCUUUCCUGUUCACUUUCCCAUUCGAAUUGUUUCGGACUGGUUCGACUUAUUAUUUUGAGGAGGGUCACUUAAAUGUGUAGCUGGAUCCACAAUGUAACCCUUUUCCUUCAUUUUGUCUCUCCGGUUUUCGGCCUUGUUCUCGAGGUCAGUUCAUAUAUCUUCUGUAUACCCUUCUUUUCUUCGCCUUCGUUUCCCC